AUGAUAUUGUACAUUUCAGCGUCAAAAUCGACACUGGGCAGCAUGUUAGCCCAAGAUGAUGAGAAUGGUGUUGAAAAAGCCAUUUACUACCUCAGUAGAGUGUUAAAUGAUGCUGAAACUAGGUGUAAUGCUAUCGAGAAGUUGUGUUUGUGUUUAUACUUUUUUUGUAAUAAACUCAAACAUUAUAUAAAGCCAGUUGGAGUUUUUGUUUAUUCUCAUUUUGAUGUUGUUAAGCAUAUGCUGUCAAAACCUAUCUUACACAGUCGAAUAGGUAAGUGGGCCUUAGCAUUAACUGAAUAUUCACUUAUAUAUGUCCCUUUAAAAGCAGUCAAAGGACAAAUUACUGCUGACCCUUCAGUGGUCGACGUGACUAAAGCCUAUGUAGGCACAAGAUCUUGGAAGUUAUAUUUUGAUGGGUCUAAGCAUAAACAAGGAACUGGUGUAGGUAUUUUUAUUGUGUCACGAGAUGGAAUCCCUAAUAGGUUCAGGUAUAAAAUUAAGGGCGACUACUCUAAUAGUGAGGCCAAAUACGAAGCCUUAAUCAUUGGGCUUCAAAUAAUGUUGGAUGUGGACAUCAAAGAUGUGGAUAUUAGAGGAGAUUCAGAAUUGGUGGUAAAACAAGUGACCAAAGAAGAUAAAUGUGUCAAGGGGAAUUUAGUAAGAUAUAUCGCCAAGGCAUUAUCUUUGGUAAGCAAAUUUGAUAAUACGACCAUCAGACAUGUUAAGUGUGUUGACAAUACAGAGGCUAAUGACUUAGCCCAAUUAGCCUCAGGGUAUAAUAUUUUGAAAGACCAAUUAGAGGAAUUCAUACAGGUCAAAGAAAAGUUGGUUUCUCAAGAAGUACCAAUAGCAAAAACUAGGGAGGACCUAUUACAAACCCCUGAUUUGUUAAAUUAUGAAUGUUUAUGA